AUGACCGACACCACUCUAGCACACAAUAACAAGCUGGACAACGACAUUCACACCCACCGCGAAAAGACGAGUCACGAGGGUCAUGAGUCAGGCUUCGAGACACCCCCCAUCGACUAUGAGGAAGCUGCCGCUAUCGCCCCCACUCGCCUCAAGGGCAAGGCUUUGACGUUUAUGGUGACCUUUGUGGCGGGCACUGGAUUUACCCUGUUUGGAUAUGACCAGGGUGUCAUGGGAGGCCUCCUCUCGUUGGAGUCCUUUGAGAGCACCUUCCCGCAGACCGUUACCCGUUGGCAGGGCGGCGGCGGGAACGCUUCUACGCUGCAGUCGCUCCUUAUUGCCAUCUACGAGCUCGGCUGCAUGGCCGGUGCUCUGUCCAACCUCUGGGUCGGUGACAAGAUUGGCCGUCGCCACACCAUCAGUCUUGGCGGUCUCAUCAUGAUUGUCGGAGCUAUUCUGCAAGCUGCCUCUGUCAACUACCCAAUGAUGCUUGUGGCACGCGUUAUCACUGGUCUCGGAAACGGUCUCCUCACUUCAACCGUCCCGGCUUACCAGUCCGAGUGCGCCAAGCCCGCACGCCGCGGCCAACUCGUCCUCUUUGAAGGCUCCCUGAUCACCUUCGGCAUCAUGGUCUCGUAUUGGAUCAACGUCGGCUUCUUCUUCCCCAAGUCUUCCGUGUCGUGGCGCUUCCCCAUCGCCUUUCAAAUCGUGUUUGCCGUCAUCAUGAUCGUCUGCAUGUACAUGUUCCGCCUUCCCGAGUCUCCCCGUUGGCUCGUCGCAAAGGGCAGGAACGCAGAGGCUCUGGCUGUCCUUGCGGCCCUCGACAACACGUCUGUCAGCGACCCCGAGGUUCGGCGUACUUGGCACGGUAUUGUAGAUGCCGUCAAGGCUGAAGACGCGUCUGGAUUUUCGUUCCGCCAGCUGUUCACCGGUGGAAAGACACAAAACUUCCGUCGUACGCUCCUCGGAAUGGCCAGCCAAAUGCACCAGCAGAUUUCAGGUAUAAAUCUCAUUACCUACUAUUUAACUCUUGUACUUGAGAGCAUGGGUCUCUCCACCUUCAUGUCAAGAGUCAUUGCAGGAGUGAAUGGAACGACCUACUUCUUGACGUCUCUCGUCGCACUGUUCCUCAUCGAACGAAUCGGACGAAGGAAGUUGAUGGUCUGGACGGCGAUCCUUCAAGCCGCCACAAUGGCGAUCCUCGCUGGACUAUACAAGAUCAACAAGGCCGGCUCCGUUCCAGCCCAAGUCAUCUCUGUUCUCUGCCUCUUCCUCUUCAACACCUGGUUCUCGGUCGGCUGGCUCGGUAUGACCUGGCUCUACCCCGCGGAGGUUACGCCCCUCCGUAUCCGUGCUCCGGCCAAUGCCAUGUCGACAGCCACUAACUGGCUCUUCAACUUCAUGGUCGUCAUGGCCACUGGCCCCAUGUUCGACAAGAUUGGUUGGGGAACCUACGCCCUCUUUGCCGCCACAAACGGCCUCAUCAUCGCGCCCAGCGUCUACUUCUUCUUCCCUGAGACGAAGAAGUACUCUCUCGAGGAACUCGACAUCAUCUUUGCCCUUGCCUAUGAGACGGGCGAGAACCCCGUCAAGGUGUCUGUCUCGGGCGACAUUCCGCCUGCGGGCUCGCGCGAGGCAGAGAUCAUCCUGGGCCGCGCAGACCGUGAUGUUCCCGAGCACGCGGGUGGACUCACCCGUCGUCUGUCGCGUGCGAUUAGCCGCGAAUCGGGACGCCGCCCAUCGGCCGCUGUUUGA